AUGCAUCGAACAUAUUCCAUGCGCCAGUCCCGCGCGCCGACGGCUUCGCAGCUCCAGAGUCCGCCUCCUCCGCCGUCGUCCACCAAGUCCGGCCGCUUCUUUGGAAAGGGAAGCUUGGGUCAUGCUCUUCGUCGCAAUGCCGGUGGCGCCUUCGGGCCAGACCUGGCCAAGAAGCUGUCCCAGCUUGUCAAGAUGGAGAAAAACGUUAUGCGAAGUAUGGAGCUUGUCGCCAAGGAGCGCAUGGAAGUGGCUCAACAAUUGUCCCUUUGGGGCGAGGCUACCGACGAAGAUGUCUCUGACGUCACCGACAAGAUCGGCGUUUUGCUCUACGAAAUUGGCGAGCUAGAGGACCAGUACGUUGACCGAUACGACCAAUACCGCAUUACCAUGAAGAGCAUCCGCAACAUUGAGGCGUCGGUUCAGCCCAGCCGAGACCGCAAACAAAAAAUCACCGAUCAAAUCGCCCAAUUAAAGUACAAAGAACCAAACUCUCCCAAGAUUGUGGUGCUUGAACAGGAGUUGGUCCGCGCUGAGGCCGAAUCGCUCGUGGCAGAGGCUCAGCUCUCCAAUAUCACUCGCGAAAAGGUCAAGGCUGCUUAUAUCUACCAGUUUGAUGCCCUCCGCGAGCAUUGCGAGAAGGUUGCCAUUAUUGCUGGCUAUGGAAAACAUCUGCUCGACCUCAUCGAUGAUGCCCCCGUGACCCCCGGCGAGACCCGAGCUGCGUAUGACGGAUACGAAGCUAGCAAGGCCAUCAUCCAGGAUUGCGAAGAUGCUCUUACUAACUGGGUCACUUCCAACGCUGCCGACGUGCCGCUGAACGACAACGGCUCUUGGGUUCAGCAACAACAAGGAGUGAGAAUGGAUAGUGACGCCGAAGAGGAGGAGGAAGAAGAGGAAGAGCGUCACUCUGCCCUGGGCAGUGACGGAGGAAUGAACGGCGAGUCCCGAGGUCGCACUCAAGAAAUCCUCGCAGCUUAA